UGGUCGCGGUUGAAGAUGCCGCCGAAGUCCAAUCGUCAUCGCAGGGUUGGCUGGUUCUCUCCUUCAAAUAUGAAUUUGCUUUCACUUCUCUGUCUUUUGCACAUAUGUUAUUUAACGGAACGCAUGCCAUUGGCGACAAUUCCAAAACUUGGACAGGUGCGUGGGUCAAAAAUGACCUCUGUGUCUGGCAGAAUGUUCUACGCGUUUCGCGGUAUUCCGUACGCACAACCACCGGUCGGAGAGCUCCGGUUUCGGGAUCCUGUACCUGUUAGCCCUUGGCUUGGAAAAACUUAUGACGCAAGCCGAGAAGGCCCAACUUGUGUCCAGUUUCAUGGGAACUUACGGCUUGUAAUAGGAGUGGAAGAUUGUCUCACACUGAACAUUUAUACACACGAUCUCAAUUCUACAGAUAGCGGCAGGCCAGUAAUGGUAUGGAUUCCGGGUGGAGCCUGGUACAAGGGUAGUGGUAAUGGUGUGACGAAUUUCUGGGGACCUGGCUACUUUCUUGAUCGGAAUGUAGUUCUCGUUUCAAUUAACUACCGACUUGGCCCUCUAGGUUUUCUAAGUACGGAAGAUAGUGAAGCUCCUGGAAAUUAUGGACUCUUAGACCAGUCCAUGGCUUUACGAUGGAUACGUGACAACAUUCGCUUUUUUGGUGGCAACCCUGACUCAGUUACAAUUUUUGGCUGUAGUGCUGGAGCUGCCAGCGUCCAUUAUCAUUUAUUAUCGCCCCAUUCGAAGGGACUGUUUCAUCGAGCCAUCGCCCAGUCAGGCUCAUCGCUCAAUCCUUGGGCGCUAGAAAAAUCUGUCGGAUCCUAUACAAGAAGACUUGGACAACAUUUCAAUUGUCCAUCUUCAAACUCUAGUGAACUGGUAGCGUGUUUAAGAACAAAGCCAGCGAGGGACGUUGCCGGAUUCCGGAGAAAAAUUGAGAUUAUGAUCGAAUAUCCAAUUGCAUUUGGUCCUCGGAUAGAUUUUGAGAGGAAAUCACCAUUUCUUCCAGAUGACCCACGGAACCUUAUCAAACAUAAGCGAAUCAACUCAGUACCACUAAUUACGGGCCUUAACAGUAAUGAGGGCGCUUUGAUUGUACUUAUGCUUCUUUCCAAUAAUGGUGAAUUGCUCAAAAAAUUCAACAAAGAUCCUGUUAAAUAUCUCCGCCUCAUUGUGAAUGCAGAUCAUGUAAACGACAAAAUUGUUCAGCAAAUAGCUAAUCGCUAUUUUGCUCUAGACAAGCCAUUCCAUCCGAAGCAGCUACCUAAACUAAUUGAGAUAUUUUCCGACUAUGUCUUCUUCCAAGACAUAGACGAAUCAGUUCAAUUGUUGGCAAAGUUCAGCGACCAGUCAACCUAUUAUUAUUUGUACAGCCAUCGCAGUCAACUUUCUUUGCAAAAUGUUUUGGGAGUAUCGUCUAGCACAGAUUUGAGCGGUAGUCACGUGGACGAACUUUUCCUUAUGUUUUCCCACUUGGCACUUCCGCGCUUGCGAUCUCUCCGUGAUAUUAAAGUGUCAAAUAUGUUGGUCGAUUUAUGGACAACGUUUGCGAAGAAUGGGGUACCGCAAAGUGACCUCUUGUCUUCUGAGUGGAUGCCUACUAAGGAAGACGAACCAAGAUAUCUUAGGAUAGAAGCCGAACAUCCAUCCCUGGAUAACUUGUCUUCAAUUAAACCCGACGUACCCGUUAUAACGAUUCCGGAAGAUAAUGAAGAACUACUUGAAUCGCUGGAAUCUUUGCUUCAUGAAAUUGCGGAAGAAGAACUUGCUUCAACGCCCAUUCAGCCAGAACUUUCGCAACAUGAUGAUGAGAUAACGUCGUUACUCCUUGACUCUCUUAUCAAAGGCGACGUUGCUUCAAGCCAAGUCCACGAUGAAUUGGCUGAAUUUAUCACGUUGAUAAACGGGAACGGAAUUGAUAUAGACGAUGUGUCAACAAUAUCACCGAGUCCGGUUUCUUAUCUCCCGUCUGUUAGAGAGGGAACAUUGGAAUCGAGUGAUACAGAAUGGACACCAGCUACACCUCGUUCGUCGGGACGCAAAACAAACUGCAAUCACACCACUACUGCUACGUUGCGUAAGCCACGCAAGAAGACUCUCAAAGCAGAUGACCGUCGCCUCCGCAAGAAAGAACAAAACAAAACAGCCGCCACUCGCUAUCGCAUCAAGAAGAAAGCCGAACUAGACAUCUUGCUGGAAGAGGAGGAUGCUCUUGAACAGCGUAACCGCCAAUUGCAAUCGAAACAUGACGACCUGGCCAAUGAAGUCCGAUAUCUAAAGAAAUUGAUGCGUGAAGUUUUUGACAACCGCAAACGUCGUUAAACCUGUAUACUCUUUUCUCUCUUGAACGCUGUCACUUUAUUCCUCAUUUAUCUGAAACAAAUGUAGUCUCAUCAUUUAAUCCUCAUAUGGGAGUCAUUUUACCAUCGAGAUUUGCUGCCAUUCCAUCGCCCAUAUUUAGGCAAAUCGCGACUCAACUAACCUGUGAAUCUUGAAGGCAACGUCCAAUUAUGAUGGCCAACACGUUCGGUCGGAUGCUUGUUAUCUGAAUGUUGCCUUUAGUUUCCGUGGUUCUAUGUUUUGCUAUAAGCCUCCUAUUUACGAAAAUGCCAUUAGUUCACUUGAAAGUAAAAUGGUGUCGGUAUCUUA